AUGGAAAGCUUCAACUUCGCCGCCAGUCGCCAGUCGCCAGGCCUCCAAAUGAAAGCACGCGACCCUAUCAACUUCCUCGCGGAGGCAGAGUCCUGUGAUAUCACUGACGACCAUGGUGACAAUUUCACGAGGCAGGUACUCUUCCAAGGAGUAUCCAAGCCUAUCACCCAACAAGUCCAGGAGUACUCGGGAGCCGCGAUCGACUUUCACUCCCCUUCGACCAAAACCCGAGUCAUGAACACCCUUUCCUUCGACGAGAGCGACAGAAUGGUCCUGACCUACACCUUUAUUGGAGGGAUCCCUGGCUACAAGCCUACACUCGAGAGGAUUCGGGAGUUAGUCAAGGAAGGCAGUGUUCAGUUGAAUUAG